AACUGCAUAAUAACAAAAAGUUGAAAUUAUCAUUUUUCUUGUUAUAAACAAACUUACUUACAAAUACUUUGGAAAACUGUGAAAUUCAAUCGACGAAUCAAUGAAUUCGAAUUUGAAUAUCUAUUUUUCUGAAAAUCGAAAUUAGGUUCAAACUAUACUUGUAUCUUUGCCACGCAGCACACUUAAUAAAGACGAAAAUAAUAAAUGAAAUCACUGCGCAGCUACUAGUGAUAAGCUGAGUCACCGUCAUGUACUUGAGUACUUAAAGAAAUGAAAUAUUCAAACGAGCGUCAGUCUCGGCAGUAAAACAGUGUAAGCAACAUAUUCUGUGCAGCAUCUCUUGAAUACAUCACAGACUCUUCGAGAUGGAGUAUCUGACAAUUACAUUGUCAGUAGUGGCCAUCUUCACAGCCAUUUACUAUUAUUACCUGAAGAAUCUGAACGUAUUCAAAAGAUAUGGGAUCCCACACAUUCCGCCAAAACCAAUUGUGGGAAAUUUCGGACCUAUGAUGACCAUGCAGUCCUCCAUAACUGACAUCAUGCAAAAAGUCUACGAUCAUUGUCCAGACGCUAAAUACGCGGGUAUAUACGAGUUUACGAGAGCCACGAUUCUCUUACGUGAUUUGGACCUCAUCAAAUCUAUCUGCGUGAAGAACUUCGACUCCUUCCAGGACCACCAAGGCUUCAUCCACAAGAAAGCAGAUCCGUUAUUUGCUGGAAUGCUGUUUUUCCUGAACAGUGAGGAAUGGAAGGGUCAAAGAAACCUAGUGUCUCCAGUGUUUACCUCCAGCAAGAUCAAGACUAUGUUCAAGCUAAUGUCAGCCUGUGCGGUACGUUUCGCUGACUACCUAUCGAAACUACCUGAAAGUGACCGCGAGUUCGAGCUUAAAUCGGUUUUGUCGAAAUUUACCAACGACGUGAUCGCCACAUGUGCGUUCGGCAUUGAGGUAGACACCAUAAAAGAUCCAAACAACGAGCUGUUCGUGAAAGGUAAACAAGCUGUCAACAUGAGUGGUUUCAUCACCCUCAUGAAGCAGAUGGUGAACAGGAACAUACCGUUUCUGGCGAACAUGUUGAACCUCUCAUUCCUGCCUAAAAAUCUUGCCAAGUUUUUCGAGGACCUGAUAAUCGACACGGUGAAGAUCAGACAGGAAAAGGGUAUUUACAGGCCAGAUAUGCUGCAGUUGUUGAUGGACCAGAGCAACAAGAAGGAAGGUAAAGGGUUAACCAAUUUCAACAUUGCUUCCCACGCUUUUGGCUUCUACUUUGGUGGUUUCGAUUCGGUGGCCGCGCAGACGUCUUUCGUCUUUCAAAUGUUGGCUGAAAAUCCUGAUACCCAGGGUAAACUGCAAGCAGAGAUCGACGAGGUUUUAGAGAAUAAUAAUGGCCAAUUGACUUACGAAGCGAUAUCAGAAAUGGCGUAUUUGGACGCAGUGAUCAACGAGACCAUGAGGUUGCAUAGUAUUGCCUUCUUCUUGGAUAGAGUAUGUAACAAGGCUUUCGAGUUACCUCCAGCGGUGCCUGGAGCCAAACCGUACACCGUGCAACCUGGAACCAGCAUUUGGAUCCCAGCCUCUUCCAUCCAUAGGGACCCGAAAUAUUAUGAGAAUCCGGACAAAUUUGAGCCGGAAAGAUUCGUGAAUGAUGGUAAGGGCAUCAUCAACUCGGGAGCUUAUAUACCUUUUGGUGCUGGACCCAGGAUGUGUAUUGGGAACAGGUUCGCGUUGACGAAGAUGAAAGUGAUAAUUUGCCACGUUUUGGCUCGUUGUGAGAUUAAACUGAAUCCGAAGAUCCGGAUUCCUUUGGAAAUGUCUACAACAUCAUUCGCUAUGCUACCCAAAAAUGGAUUUUUGUUGCGUGUUGAGCCUAGAAAAAAUAUUCCUACUGUGAAUGUUGAUUGGAUUAAUGGAAUUAGUUAAUAACUGAAUUGUUUUUUAAAUGAAUAUUGCUUGUAUUGGUGGAAUCAGAUUUGAAAAUUUGUGAAAUUAAUCGAUAUGAUUUUCGAAUUAAAUUUAUAUUAAAUUUAUUCAUGUAAAUGCCAGGAGAAAUAUUAUGAUCGUACUAAAAAGAAAAGAUGAAGACAAGUUAUGUUAUUAUUAAAUAAAAUAUAACGUUCAAUGAAUUAAAACUGGGGUGAAAAAUGUAUUAAUUAUUAUCCCUCUAUUGCUGUUAAUCAACUUUAGUCUUACUACGAACCAUUUGUGUCAUUUAAAAAAAUAAUUAAUACUGGAUUCCUUAAAAUGUGCAAAGUCACUGCUUGUUAUUUUUCGGGAGAUCGUUUACUACAUUGUCGAGAUAAUGACUUGAUUGCUGAAGCAACCCAGCUAUAUUAGCUCAUGAUUAAGAAAUGUACACGUGAAUCAAGAAACGCCUGAUAAGUUAUCACUAUUAUGGAUAUAACAUUGUAAAUUUUAUAUGCUUGCAAAACACGACUAUGCAAAUAUUAAA